GUCAACAAUCGAGGUAUUUUGCUCCGAUUCAAUUUCAAUUUAGCGGCUAAACUUUAUCACACGCAUUUGAUUGAACUAUUACAGUGCUUCUUAUCUCUUCGUCAUACAUAUCAAAUAAUUCUGAUUGGUGAACUCUUGUCGAGCGCGCGGCUUUUAUUCUGUUUUAAACUUUCAGCGUAACGCGCGAUGUCAGACGACUACAGUACAUUGACCCACGUGUCUCCCGUGCUGACCAACGAGAGGCUCAGCGCGGCGCUCUCCGACUGGUUCAAACGACCAUUCACGUUCACACAUUGGGAGUACGUCAGUGACACCGGAAAAGGUGACUCCUAUCUCAGCGAGCUGAUCCGCAUCAGGAUACAUGGUACUGAUGAGAAUAACGUCGCAAACCAUGUCCAAGUUAUCCUCAAAUCUAUCCCUAAAAGCAUCGCAAGGAGAUUGACUUUCAGGAGCCAUGAGUUCUUCCAAAACGAGAUCAAGUUUUACGAGAAAGUCCUACCAGCUUUACUGGACUUCCAAUCCACGAAAAAUGUAAAAGACCCCUUCGACAAAUAUACCAAAAUGUUCUUUUCUUUCUGCGAUGGGACGAACGACGUUCUUUGCUUAGAGGACGCAAGCUUAUAUCAGUUUGGGAGCGCGGUCAGGCAAGAAGGGAUCGACUUAGAACAUAGCAAGUUGACUUUCAAAAUACUAGCGCAGUUCCACGCCCUCUCCUUCGCUAUGAAAGACCAGAAGCCAGAAGAAUUUGGGAAGUUAAAGACUCACCUCAUAGAAGUCUAUUACCAUGAUCGUUUAUGGGAUUGGUACACGCGAUUUUGGAAGAGGAUUUCAGGCAUAGCUAUCAACGCGGUAGAAAAAGAAUACCCUGACUCUGUUUACGUGGAGAAGGUUAAGGAGUUUGCGGUACCAGAAAGGUACCAAAAUAUGAUAGAUGCGGCGACAAAAACUGAUGAAACUGGGGUUAUAUCUCACGGAGACUCGUGGACGAACAACUUUCUUUAUAAGUAUGUGGGUGGAAGUCCUGUGGAUGCGAAAAUUAUUGACUUCCAAUUGGCUCGAUGUGCUACACCUGUACUCGAUCUCUCUUUCAUGAUAUACGCUUGCACGAGUCAAGAUUUGAGGGAGAAGCAUUAUGAUGAGUUACUAAAGUAUUACUAUGAGAUCCUGUCCACUCAAGUAAGGGAUCUGGGUAGUGACCCAGAUAAGGUAUAUCCUUGGGAUCUCUUUAUAAGUGAGAUCAAAAAGUAUUCGUACUUUGGAUUGGCUUUCAGUUUUGAGUCGACGCCUUUUAUAGUUUUGGCGCCUGAAGAUGCAGUUAAUAUGGAGAUGACGGGCGACAAAGGUAUGAACAUAGAAGAUGUAUGGCAGAUAGGACCUUUCAAAACCAAGGAGGGUCGACUCCGGGAGGCAAACAACGUGAAACAUUGCGUCGAUAGAGGAUACAUAUAAAUAUAAGUAAUUACUGUCGUUUUAGGUGUAAUAUUGAACCAUAGCCGUCUGAACAGCUAAAUUGUUUUAUGAGUUGGGGCUGCAAACGACCUCCUGGGUCACCUGAUGGUAAGCAAUCGGAGCUGCUCACAUACACCCGAAACUAAUCUCAACGUCAAUUUAAUGAGUUAUUAUGUUUUCGGCUUACUGUCGUAAUUAUUUGACGAGGAACUCGACUAGUUUCAAGCCAU